AUGUACAACGACGAGACUCACGUAUCUUAUGCUAGUUUGCGGAGUGAAGGCACUUCAAGCACAGGGAGUUACGAGAAGGAGACAGGAAUGUACAACUCGUCCGAAGAGUCGGAGGUGCCCUCAAGAGCUGACUUGGAGGACGAGGGUGAAAUGGAUCCGAGGCAUGUAGAAGACAUUGUGCUGAGGCGUGCGGACAAGUACAAAGUGCCGAUAAAGAUCCCUGACGUUGGAAUUCUGGGGGACGAUGUGCCUGGAGAUUCUUUCGAUAGGAUCGCAUCCUCCUCUUCCGCGUGCUCCAACAUCUUCCACGCGAUCCUGCAGCGAUAUCACAUCUCGCAGGACUACGUUCGCUUCUGCUUGCAGUCACUCGCGAGCCGGGACGUGAGGGGACUGACGUCGUUAGAGUACGACAUGCAGGUCGAGAGCCUCGCACGUCAGCUCGAUGUAUCGGACUCCCACGUGCAAGAGCUUGUGAGAAUAGGGGACCAGCAGCAAGAAACACUCCUGCUCUUGCAAGAGGAGGUUCAGAAGAAGGAAGGACACACUCAGUUCCGACUGAAGAACAUGGAGGCCUACCUUGGAAGUCUGCUGGAGGAGAAAGAUCAAACCAUCCGAUCUCUCCAAGAGAAGAUGGAAAGCUUGGAAAACGGCAUGGAAGCAAAGGCGGAGGAAAGAAACGCACCGGACGUCGAGAACGAGUAUCAGCAGCACAUCACGCUGCAUGCGAAGGAGAUGGAGAAGCAGGGGGUGGACCUUCAGCUCCAGACGGUCAUGGUCACCGAGAACGUGCACAAGAUGAGUCUAGAGCUUCAGCGAGAAAUCAAGAGGAUAAUGUUCAUCCUGCGCUCCGAUCACCUCGAGCAAGACAAUGUCGUCGAGCAGUUGCUGGUGGGGCUCAUACAGUACGUGCUUGACGAGGCUCAUGACCGAGCGACCGCGUCCGAGGAGCAUCGAGUUGGAGCUCAGCAGAGUCCCAGAGCCCGAGGCCACACGUCGAUGGCUGGAGGGGAGGAGGAGGAGCCUUCCGUUGUCCAUGGGGACGAGGAGGCGGGUCAGCGUUCGAGAAGCUCGGAGCUGGACGACGCGAGCAUGAGUGCGUUUGCAAACUUGCAAGAGAGGCUAGCGAAUGCUGAGGCUAUCUACGGGAGCUACAUCUUCGGGAAGGCUCUCUUGCGGUAUCCGGUCAAAGACAUGUCCCCAAUAUCUCCGCCACCGUCAUUCCGCGGUUUCGAACAACAAGAACAGCCGACACAGCAACUGUUCUGCUAG